AAUGUGUAAUAAUUGAGAGCUUCAGUUAGGUAGCUUGUCCGAAGCUUUGAGUAGCACACUAUCAUGGAAAACUACUCUCACCAACCUCGGCUUUGAUCCUUCCACCUGUCGACCCAUUCGACUCCCUCCCCGCCGAGACGACAAGACUCCGUCCCCCUCUCCCUGCCGCCUGCCGCUGCCAAUCCGUCCAUGGCUCUUCAGAGCUGCGCUUCCCGUCUCCUCCUCUCGAGGCCGUCGCCCAGCUCUGAUGACCUCCGCACCGGCUUCCGGGGAUCUCCCGCUGCCGUCGCGUUCAGGUGGCGCCCGAGCAUUGACCUCGGCCGACCGUGUCAGCGCCUCAGCGUGGCGUGCGGGGGCGGCGGAGGAGUUGACUCCGGUUCCGGAAACGGCGGCGGGAGCGGAAACGGAGGAGGGAGCGGGAAGAAGAAGGGAUCGGUGCCGAACUCGAACUACGUGGUGCCGCUGGACAAGUCGUUCUCGUCGUCUUCCUCGUCGUGCAUCACCCGGCCUCUGGUCGAGAUCCUUCGGGACCUCAACAAGAGGAUCCCCGACAACAUCAUCAAGCCUCUCCCUUACCACGAUCAAGACCCGGAUCAGUCAUCUUCCACCUUCAUUCCCUGGUACCACGCCAACCGGAUGCUGAGCUUCUAUGCCCCAGGAUGGUGUGGAGAAAUACGGGAUGUCAUAUUUUCCGAGAAUGGAAGCGUGACUGUGGUGUACCGUGUCACUAUCCGAGGAUCCGAUGGAGAGGCACAUCGGGAGGCAACUGGGACAGUAUCAGCAAGCAUUGGCCAUGAUCCAGUGGCUGCAGCAGAAGAGAUAGCUUUCUGCAAAGCAUGUGCUCGGUUUGGGCUUGGCUUAUAUCUAUACCACGAGGAGUAGUUGUACUAGGUGCAGUUGAAGGCGAAUUUGGAUGUGAUGUACUCCAUUAAUCGGAUUAUCGGUGUAAAUACAAUGAGAUGAGAACCAGUCAUUGAUUUUAUUGCGAUAUUGAGUUAUUAUAUUGAUGUUUUUGUUGAAAA